AUGGAGGGCGAUCGUUGCCAAAAUUCCAGACAUGUAAUGUGUUCCUUUUGGAAACUACUUCUGUAAAUGCGAACGUGUAUGUCUAGCAUUUUUGACAGUAUCUGUCCCUUGUAUUUGUGUUUUUGACAAACUGAAAUUGAUCUCUGUCAUUAUGAAAAUAAACUUCUUGCAUUUACUUGUUUUUAAUUGUAUGUUGGAAGUCUGAUCAAGUAACUCAUGUUUUUCCUGUUAUUAGGAUUUUGUAAACAUUGAAACGUAAAUAUCGAUUUUAAUUUAUUGACAUGCGCACAACUGCACAUGAGUUUUACAUGUGUUUAAUUUCCAAAAUUACGUGAAAAAAAUACACUUUCCUUUUUACCAAUGUUCAUCUACAUUUUAAUUUUGAAUGGCUCGUUUACGUCCCCGUAAGUACCGAUAUAUUUAACAUAGUUCAGACAUGCGUGAUAUAGGACAACACAAAGCGAUCAACAAGUACGGCUUUUCCUAGAUAGGUGUUUUUCAUUGAUGCAUGACGCUCCGCCCACUAAGCUACGAUCGCAAUCGGGAAUUUCCGGAUUUUUGGAGUAUCAAGCUCCUGUUGAUACAGAUUUGAUGUCAUCUAACUUCGCGAUGGACGAAAUACGAGCAUUGUUGAUAGAAAAAAUAAAAGCCGUGGUCAGGUCUUGCGACAUGGAAAAUGAUAUAUGCGAUAUUACUGUUGAGAUAGAGUCAUUGCGUAACAUUUUGUCAUACAUUCCAUCUAAUGGCGAUGUAUUUCAGCGAGUCGAUAUCAUACUAAAGGAAACCUUAGCAGUUCUUAACGACAUUGUAUGCACACCCGUUGUGUCAGGUUACCGUGGAAGACCUCGGAUAAUAAUACCAGAAGAUUUGAUAGAAUUUCUGAUAGACAGUGGUUUUUCUCAAAAUGAUAUAUCUUCCCUUAUUGGAGUGAGCAUAAGAACGCUAAACCGGCGAUUGUCAGAAAUGGGAAUUACAUUUGCAAGCAAGUUUUCAACAAUGAGUGAUGAAGAAUUGGAUGGUAUUGUGUUUGGAAUAGUUAAAGAGUUUCCAGAUGUAGGGUAUAGAACAGUGGGCAGUCAUUUGAAAAGUAUAGGUCACCAGGUACAAAGGUGCCGUUUACGAGAGUCUAUUUAUAGGGUAGAUUUUGAAGGGGUUCUUCAAAGGCGCACAAAUUUGAGACCAAUUCUGCGAAGACAGUAUUCAGUUAGAGCUCCCUUGAGCCUUUGGCACAUGGAUGGCUAUCAUAAACUUAUCAGCUGGAAACUGGUUAUUCAUGGAGCUAUUGAUGGCUAUUCUCGUCUCCCAGUUUUCUUGAAUGUCAGUAAUAAUAAUCAAGCUGGAACUGUGAUGACACACUUCCUAAAAGCCACUUUCAUCUACGGACUUCCCGAGCGUGUACGUUCUGACAAGGGUGGAGAGAACGUGUUAGUUGCCAAGUUCAUGCUUGACAGACGUGGCAUAGGUAGCUUCUUGACUGGCAGAAGUGUUCAUAAUCAAAGAAUUGAGCGCCUGUGGAGAGAUGUUUGGGAUGGCUGUGUAUCACUGUUCUACAGAAUAUUUUGCUUGCUAGUGUUUCGGGGUAUGCUGCAAUCUGGAAAUGACAUACAUCUAAUGGCUUUGCACUAUGUGUUUUUGCCACGUAUUCAGAACCAUUUGGAUAGAUUUUGUGAAGCAUACAUCAGAAAACCUAUUAGAACUGCAAAUAACAGGAGUCCACUUCAGCUUUGGAUUUCAGGUCAGAUGCUUGACCCAAGGCCUUAUUCUGAUGAGGUGGACAAUGCCAUGUAUGCAGGAAGUACUGCCGAGCAUCUAGAUGUAGAAGCAGUUGAAGUGGAACCUCUUCCAGACAUUGCAUCCUAUUUACAGAACCAAGUUCAUCCUAUGGAUGAAAGUGAUUCUUAUGGAAUGGACUUGUUCCUAAAAGCACGUGACAUGCUCAUUAAUAUAAUACAGUAACAUAAGGCUCUCUGGCAACCAGUCAUUACAUUCUUAGCAGUACAAGAUUAUUGGAUUAAGCUUAAGUAGUGUGCCUAUAUUUCUUAUAAAGGGAUAUACAUAAAUUAUGUAAAUUUAUGUGCUAUAUAAGGCAUUUUUAGCUGUACCAUCCUAGUCAAUUGAGCAUCAUUGUCGAGAUCGCUGCAUAAAGUUUGCAUACUACUUCAAAUAUUUUCAAAGUUCAUUAACAUAUUGCUUUUAAACUUUGCACCAUUGUUCACCAUCAUGCCCCCAACUUUGAACGGGAGGAGGCAACUUUAAAUUAGGCAAAUGAAGUGGGGACAUUAUUGUCCUUUGCACAUCCUUUUGGAUAUUUCCUGUUCCCAACUACCAGUUAAUGACAUUGCAGAUUUUCUGUGAACAACAUUCACCUCAGCUUACAUUUGACAAGAAUGGCAGCUGAUGUCCGGUUUACUUUGAUCCAUUUUUAUAUUUUACUACCAGUAGUUUGUUAAUAUUUUUGUUUAUUACAUGCUUAUAAAUGAUAUUUUGAGAAAUAUUGAUGAAAUAAAAUGCGUAUUUUUAUUUUCAGUAUUUUCACUGUAAAAAUUUAUUUUUCACAUUUUCACUGGUGUCUUGCCGGACUACUUUCUUCUAAAUUCAGCUUAUAAACAAAAUUAAAAGGGAAUUCUUCCUUAUUUAUAGGUUUAAAAGGAAAAAAAGUACGUAAUAAACAGAAAAUUCAAGUUUUUUCAAUAAAUAGAAGAUUUAUUUUCAUCUUGUGGUAUGAAAAUUAUCAUAUUUCACUCGUGGCUACUGCCAUUCGUGAAAUAUUUAUUUUCAUACCACUCGAUAAAAAUAAAUCAUGUAUUUAUAGAAGAAACUUGAAUAUCCUCUAUAUAUAUAUAUAUGACUGUUAAGUUCAAUGCUACAGAAUUAUCCUGAAAGCCACUGUAUUUUGGAAAGCAUAUAUAAACUAACCUGUAUCUUUCAAAAUAAGAUAUAAGCUAUAUCUGUUCAAGUAAUUUACCAUUCCUACAAAACAAUGGGUCUGUUUAUUUAUAUUUAGGUUAAAAUGCACUUUUUAAAGAAUAAGCUUUUAAAGACCAGAGAUCUACAUAUAAUCUAUGGUCAAUUUAACUGAAUGCAAUUCAUUUUAAUGGAUUGAUCAUACUUGUUAUUAAUGUCUUGAACAGAUACGUUCUUCUUAGACAACUUCAGAUACCCUUGCUCUUUCUUCAAAUAAUUUUGGCUGGUGUCUAAUUUUCAAAUAUUGCCCCCAUUGUUCGAUCUUUUGGGAGUCAAAAUUUAUUGAAUUUUCUUGUGUUUACUGCCAAAAACACUGUACAUAUUUAUACUGGGUUGAUAUAAUUUUGCCAAACCUACUUUUUAUCCCCCGCCGAUGGAAUCUGGAGAGGGAUAUUGUUUUGGCGUUGUCUGUCUGUUCGUCCUUCCGUCUGUCCUUCGGAAUUUCGUUUCCGAUUCGUUCUCUGCAACUACUGGCUGUUAUUCAACAAGCUUUAUAGGAAUCAUCAAUAUCAUGAGGCGAUGCGUAUAUCGUCACCUUGUUCCGGUCAGACACUCAGAGUUAUGGCCCUUGAUUAGUUAUGCAGUAUAUACAUUUGUAGAACAAUAUUCGUUUCCGCGCUACUUCUCUGCAACUACUGGCUGGAAUUCAACAAAACUUUAUGGGAACCUUCAAUACCAAGAAAGUAUGUGCAUAUCGUCAGCUUGUUCCGGUCAGACACUUAAACUCAGAGUUUUGGCCCUUGAUUAGUUGUGCAGUAUGCAUAUAGAACAAUAUUUGUUUCAACGCUACUUCUCUGCAACUACUGGCUUGAAUUCAAUGAAACUUUAUGGGAAUCAUCAAUAUCUAGAGGAGAUGCCCAUAUAGUUGGCUUGUUCUGGUCAGACACUUUAACUCAAGAGUUGUGGCACUUGAUAUUAGUUAUGCAGUAGAGCGAACUUUAUUGGAACCUUCAAUACAAAGUGGAGAUGCGCAUAUCGCCUUCUUCCUGUCAGACAUUUUAACUCAUAGUAAUGGCCCUUGAUAAGUCAUGCAGUAUGCAUAUAGUGUAAUAAUUGUUUCCGUGCGAGUUCUCUACAACUACUGGCUGGAAUUCAAUUAAACUUUAUAGGAACCAUUAAUACCAAGAGAAAGUUACUAUUUAACACACAAGUUAUGGCACUGUUAUUGCCCUGAAUAUUUAUCAAGUACAAGAAUAUUACUGUUUAUACCGUGAUAAAUAUAUGAAUAAAGCCUUAAGUCUUCAGUUGUUGUAUUAGUAAUAACCAGUACUCAGCAGGGGAUAUAAAUUAAACAAAUUUGCUUGUUUUAAUUGUGUUCAUUAAUUUUUUGCACUAUUGUAGUUUAAAAAAAAUUAACCUACAUAUUAUAUGUACCUCAAUUCCAAUUUUGUAUUUUGUUAAUAAAGAAUUGUUUACAUUUAAGCCUUAUUAUGGCUUCAUUGUGCUUGACUGUAUGGUUGUAGGAUAACAGAAUAAAUUAUGGCAGAAUA